GAAACUCGACACUUUUCCUUUUAUUUGCUUUCGACGUUGUCUUUUCUCAUAUCCUCUUUUAGCUCUUGACUCUUCCUUCGUACGCUCAAAGCUAUUAUACGUUUCUCUCACACAUUCGAUGGCAACCAUCACAGACAAACUCACGGCCGUGAACAACACUGGCGCCGCACCAUCCUCACUGGAGGGAAACCUUGAAACCACUGUGAACACCACAGAUCGGGUCCAAAACACUACCGUCGGGGUUAAGAAGGACGGUGAGGAUUCCAAGGCGACAACCGUCGCUGCCCCGGUCACCGAUACUCAGAAGAAGAAACGCCGAGCUGAGCGUUUUGGUAUGCCUGUACAGUUGUCUGAGCAAGAGAAGCGUAAUUCACGAGCUGAAAGGUUUGGAACUGCAACCAAGACAAGUGCAUCAGAAGUAUUGAAGACAUCAGAGGAAUUGAAGAGAAAGGCUAGAGCAGAAAGGUUUGGGCUUCCUGUGCCACUUUCAGCUAGUGACGAGGAGGUAAAAAAGAAAGCUCGGCUUGCCAGGUUUGCACCGUAUUCCAAACCAGACUCUGUGGAGGAAGACAAAAGAAAAGCAAGGGCCCUUCGUUUCUCUGGAUCUUCAUCCAGUUCUGUCUCACAAGUAAAUGGACAGGGAAAUAUUGAACCGGAGGCAGCUAUUGCUGACAAUGCUGGUGGAGGUGCCUAAAAAAUUUCUUACAAAAUUGCAUGUUAAGGUCUAGGAUUCUAACUUCCAGUGAUUCCCCUCAGCAUUUUUUUGUACCUAUAUCAACUUCCAAGUUCCAGUACUACAUCCUUUGAUAAUUUUUUGCGGAGCAGUUAAACAAGAUUUUGUGCUAGCUUUAUCUCAUAUAAAUCAACUGUAAUAUCAAUCAGCUGCUGAGGCCUAGAGUGAUUAACAUCUACCUCUAGUAUUUACUUAUCUUAACAUCUGCUAAGAAUUCAGAAUUUCUGAAGUACCAACUUGGGAACAUUUUUCUUUUAAAAUUCUUAUUUUUCUAUUUUCUCUUGAAAUGAAGGUGUCUAUUGGAAGAAAUUACCUAGAGGUAAGUUGGUUCAUUUGACAGCCUUCCUUGAAUAUUUAAUUGAUGUGUCCAAUGUCAAGAUAUCCUUGUGAAGUGUGAUUUUAGAUCUUGUGGGAAUUAGGCAUAGGAAGUGAAAUUAUGGGGUUGGGAUCUUUUGAUCGUAUGAUAUGAGUUUCUAAAUGUACUAUUUUUCUUUGUUAGGAACUAGGAACCAUGUAAUUGUUUUCCUCUACUGAAUUAAAGAAUGUAGGCAUUUAUCAGGUAAGCUGGGUUUGACUUUUUGAAUAUUGUAAUAUAAUUUCGUUUGGUAAUUGCAUAUGGCGUGGUUGUUGGUGAGUGUUCUGAUCAAUAGGAUCUAGGGUCAGUCUUCAAUAUGUACAAUUUGUAUGAACAAGUAUAGUCAGCUUGUUUAUGGAUCAGUUGUAUUUAUUGAGAGGGGUUCUGCUAAUGAAGUUUGUGUGUCAUGCAUUCAUUUUAAUUGUAGAUUAUCAAUUAGGUUUUCUCUCAUCUAUGUAACUUUCAAGCAAAAUUCUAUCAGAAAACGUCAAUGAUGAAAAGAAGGGUAGAAUGUUGAGGUGUUUUUUGUUUUUUGGGUCCCAUGUCAUCUGCUCACUGCUUGGUAAUCAUGGCUGAAUGGUAUUGGUUGCUAUGAUCUAUAUUUUGAUGCUACAUUAUCAGUGCAGUUGCUGUAUUGGAUUAGGGGUGAGAUAUAAGAAUGUCUACUAGUUGCCUGUAAGUGAACAUCAGAGGUGUUUUUAAUGGGUUUAAAUGAUUUGAAAGAAGGCUGGUUGAAAACCUUGUCAGAAUAUAGUAAUUGAAAUGUGUUGUGUACUUCUCUUUUACUAUUGAUUGAAAAGAACCAAAAUUCACCUGUUGUGUUCCAAAGGUGGAAAUAAUUUGCAAUCCUGGUACUUCAGAAUUCUGAUAUUUCUUUUUUGUUUUAAGUAAAUACUAGCAAGGUGGUUGGUAAUCUUUCUUUGGUUCGCAGGGUGAAGUGGAGUUGUGCAAUGAAAACUGGUUUGUUUUGUUUUUCUGGGUUUUUUUUUUUUUUUUUGAAUUAAUUGUAAAAUGUAGGAAUAUCAAGUCGAGGUUGUAUGGAUUUUCUUGAUGUUUUUUUGUUGGAUAUUAUUUUACUGUUGGAUUUACUAACAUAUCUGAGGGAGUCAACUAUUUCUUGUUCUGCAUGAA